AUGCUUUCGAUCGGUGUCGUGGGUGAUAUCGGAGUGAAUUUUCGUUUCGUUUUGUUUAUCGCUUGCUGGAUCGUGUCGAUGAAUGAAUUUGCGACGAGUAUCGAUGAUCGUCGUCAAGAAGAAUGGGUAGUUCGAAUCGAAGGCGGACCCCCAGUCGCAUCCCUUUUGGCUUUGCAGAGCGGAUAUAAGCAUCUUGGUCCGGUCUUGGGAUUCAAGGACACGUAUAUAUGGCUCAAAGAUGACAAGGGUGGACAGCAAAAGAGGGGUGGAAUUCGUUCAACGAAAGCGCUAAAUUCAAGCAGCAAGAUCAUUUGGGCGGAUCAGCAGAAGACGAUCAAGCGACAUAAACGCGAUUAUGUGCCACUAUCUAGCCUCGAUUCGGAGAAACCUCUGAUAAGGGAGAAGAGGUUGGAGGUAGAUCAGUACCGGUUGAAUAGUAUAAAGGAGGGCGACGACGGCGAAGAUUGGCAAGAAUUUCGAAUGGAAGAUCCCCAGGACUCCAGAUUGAUGUUCAAUGACGAACUUUGGGAUCAAGAAUGGUAUCUGAGAGAUACCAGAUCGAACAAAGCUCUCCCCAAGCUGGAUCUAAACGUUCUACCCCUCUAUCGACUGGGGAUAACUGGUCGAGGCGUGAGAAUAGCUGUUCUGGACGAUGGGUUGGAAUAUACCCACGACGAUUUGCGAAAUAACUACGAUCCUGAUAUCAGUUAUGAUGUGAACGAGGGUGACGACGAUCCUUUUCCACGAUACGAAUUGUCAGGAAUGAACGGUCACGGGACGAGAUGCGGUGGGGAAAUAGCGAUGGAGGCGAACAAUCACAAGUGCGGCGUGGGCGUUGCUUUCGAGUCCUCGAUCGGUGGUAUCAAGCUUCUCGACGGUUUGGUCAACGAUCGCGUGGAGGGAGAGGCCCUCGGGUACAAACCAGAAUUGGUGGACGUUUACACGGCCUCGUGGGGGCCUGCCGACGAUGGGAAAAGUUUGGAGGCACCUGGAAGACUGGCGAGGGAGGCGCUCCAACGUGGUAUCGAGAUGGGCAGGGAUGGCAAGGGAAGUAUUUACGUAUGGGCUUCUGGUAAUGGGGGUUUGAAAUCGGACGAUUGCGGAUGCGAUGGAUACGUGGGAAGCAUUUAUACAAUCGCAGUAGGCUCUGCUAGUCAGACCGGAAAAUUUCCAUGGUACGGUGAAAGCUGUCCUGCGACAAUGGCCACGACGUACAGCAGCGGAGCUUACCACGAUCAAAUGAUAGUGACGACAGACUUAAAAAAUACGUGCACCACUGGACACACUGGUACUUCCGCAUCCGCUCCAUUAGCUGCCGGUAUUCUGGCCUUAGCUUUGCAAGUGAACAAAAAUUUAACCUGGAGAGACGUGCAACAUCUCAUCGUUUGGAGCUCGGAAUACAGUCCACUCAGGGAGAAUCCUGGCUGGUUCAGAAACUCGGCUGGAUUUUGGUUCAACUCACGUUUCGGCUUUGGACUUAUGAACGCGUAUUCGUUGGUCUCGGCAAGUUACAAUUGGACCACCGUGCCCGACAAGAUCAUCUGUAAAGUGGACGUUGCUAAAGGAAUCGACAAGAAGUUGGCUUAUGGAAAUGCAAGAAGGAUACGAUUCGAGGCGGAAGAUGAGUGUCGUAAGGCGGGGGACGAGAUUACGUUUUUGGAACACGUAGAAAUUGAGGUUAGCCUCGAGUACAGUGUACGCGGUUCUCUUCAGAUACAUCUAACUGCGCCAUCAGGGACAAAAGUACAGAUAUUGAAACCAAGAAAAUUGGACGAUUCGACAGCAGGUUUCGAAAAGUGGAAAUUUAUGUCUGUAGCAUCGUGGGGCGAGGAUCCACGUGGUAGAUGGAUUUUAGAUAUUCUUGACGAGAUCGGCCCGAAAGAAAAUAAUGGGACGAUAGAAGGAUUUGCAUUGAUUUUACACGGAACCAGAGUAAUGCCCGAGUAUCGUAAAAAUGGGCCAAGAAUUUACAAUCAGGACUACAAUCGAAUUCGAAACAUUAACGAUGACCGAUCGAUGAAAUCUAUGUUCGAGAGGAAACUAGGAUUACUUCUUCAAGAGACAAACGACGUCUAUGAAAAAGAUUGGCUCGAAUUCUUAUGA